AUGCCAGAGCGCUAUGUACCCUUCUAUCCAUCACCGCUAGCGCCACUCACUCUGGACCCUAUGUCUUCCCCCACUGCAUUUCUUAAUCUGGACUCAAAUCUCGAGAGUUUUGACGAUGCCCUCAAAUCCAUGCAGUCCCAGAACACCACCACAGGAUUGGUCUGUUCUCCUCCCCGCUUUCAUUAUCAGUUCGACAAUUUCAUUAGAUUGUCGUCGCUUAGCACCACGUCGGUCAUCACAGCUCGCACCAUGUUGGUUGGUACACCUAGUACCACAUCAGUUGGCACACCUCAAACCACAUUGGUUGUCACACCUCGUACUACAUCAGUCAUCACACCUCGCACCACGUCAGUUGGUACGCCUCAAACCAUGUCUGUCAUCACACCUCACACCAUGUUGGUCUUCCAUCACACCCGCUAUCACACCUCUCCAGCUGCACCCACAACUACCAUACCCAUCACCACAUCCUCGGUAGCUGCACCCACGACUCCUGUGACACUGGGAACAAGGCCUUCGCAGCUUAUUUCUGGGGUGGGACUUGAUGCUCAAAACCCCAGCAACGUUGUAGAUGAACGUCCAGCAAAGCACCAGAAACGGGCUCAAUGCACAUGUGCAGGAGAGACAGAUCCACCACAGGCUGUCUCCUCCGGCCAAGGGAAACGACAAAGAUCCAGUCCACUCAAGCUGCUGCCACCAAUGUGA